AUGAAAGAGAUAAGUUCAGAUCUGGUCGAAGGACUAACUGGGAUUGAACUCAAGUCCAGAGCUAAUGGGAUUGAAGGAAUGAUUGGUUGUAGUUGGUGGAGAUCAAGUCCAGAUCUGAUUGGGGUUUGGGGUGAAGGUGCUGGGUUGUGUUGGCGAAGAAGGGAUGGGGACGCCAAUACCAUCCCCUCCCCAUACCCAUCGAGGAUUUUUCAAGUUCGGGGAUCCCCGUACCCGAUAUCCAUUUGGCCCCGAAAUUGCCCCCCGUUAGGGUCAAGGACCCGAUGGGGACCAGCCCUGGCGGGGAUUUUUGCCAUCCCUAGGUGGAGGUGGCUGGGUGGAGAGGUCGAGGCUAUUGGGAAAUGGUAA